CUGUCAUCAUGGCUAAGGAACAACUGAAGGUUCUCAAUGCACUUGAUGUGGCCAAGACACAAAUGUACCAUUUCACUGCAAUUGUGAUUGCUGGAAUGGGUUUCUUUACUGACUCCUAUGAUCUCUUCUGCAUUUCCCUUGUCACCAAAUUGCUCGGUCGUAUCUAUUACUAUGAUGGUGGGGACAAUCCAGGUUCUCUCCCACAAAAUGUUUCUGCGGCAAUCAAUGGUGUUGCCUUCUGUGGAACACUUGCUGGACAACUUUUCUUUGGUUGGCUUGGUGACAAAAUGGGAAGGAAACGUGUUUAUGGAAUGACUCUUAUGCUUAUGGUCAUAGCUUCCCUUGCUUCUGGUCUCUCCUUUGGAAAGGAUCCCAAAGCUGUUGUGUCUACUCUUUGCUUCUUUAGGUUUUGGCUUGGAUUUGGAAUCGGUGGUGAUUAUCCUCUUUCCGCUACAAUCAUGUCUGAGUAUGCAAACAAAAAGACCCGAGGUGCAUUUAUAGCUGCUGUUUUUGCUAUGCAAGGUUUUGGAAUUUUGGCAGGUGGAGCUGUUGGAAUUAUAGUUUCGUCUGUUUUCAAAGCCUUGUAUCCUUCUCCAGCUUUUCAGGUUAACCCAAAUCUGUCCACAGUUCCACAAGCUGAUUAUGUUUGGAGGAUAAUCUUGAUGUUCGGGGCUAUUCCGGCCGCGUUGACAUACUAUUGGAGGAUGAAAAUGCCUGAAACUGCAAGAUAUACUGCUUUGGUUGCAAAGAAUGCUGAGCAAGCUGCUGCGGAUAUGGCAAAAGUUAUGCAAGUUGAGAUAGAAACUGAAUCGGAAAAGAUUCAACAGUUGGAUCAAAAUCAAAGACAAGGAGGGAAUGAUUUUGGUUUGUUUACAAAAAGGUUUCUUCGUCGUCAUGGACUGCAUUUGUUUGCAACUGCUAUUACUUGGUUCUUGUUGGAUAUUGCCUAUUAUAGUCAGAAUCUUUUCCAGAAAGAUGUUUUUAGCGCAAUUGGUUGGAUACCAGAAGCUAAAACCAUGAGUGCCCUUGAAGAGGUUUAUAAAAUUGCUAGAGCACAGACACUUAUUGCCCUUUGCAGCACUGUUCCUGGUUACUGGUUCACAGUUGCAUUCAUUGAUAGAAUAGGAAGAUUUACAAUCCAGUUGAUGGGAUUUUUCUUCAUGACGGUGUUCAUGUUUGCAUUGGCUAUUCCUUACCAUCACUGGACUUUGAAUGGAAACCAAAUUGGAUUUGUUGUCAUGUAUUCAUUGACAUUCUUCUUUGCUAAUUUCGGUCCAAAUGCAACGACGUUUGUGGUUCCAGCUGAGAUUUUCCCGGCAAGGCUAAGGUCAACAUGUCAUGGAAUAUCAGCUGCGGCUGGAAAAGCUGGGGCAAUGGUAGGAGCUUUUGGUUUCUUGUAUGCACAAAAUAGCAUUGGAUUGAGAAAUGUGCUUCUGAUUUUGGGUGGAGCCAACUUGUUGGGAAUGUUGUUUACAUUGUUGGUGCCUGAAUCUAAAGGAAAAUCUUUGGAAGAGAUUUCUGGUGAAGCUGAUGAAGAAACUAAUACUAAUAGAGAAUCUGCAUUGAAGGCUGGUCUUCAAGUUUAGGAGUAGCUACUUGUUUUUCUUAUUUAGUUUAGUUGUAGGAGUCACUCUCACUUAUAGGAGUUAAUUUUGACUGUGUUACUCUAAUUUUGUUAAUAUAAUAUCUCUUUUGUAGUCCAUUUAUUUUGUCAAUAUAAUAUCACAUUCUUAUGUUUUUCUACUUUUUUGAGGUUGGAAAUAGCUACUUAAUCUUCAAUUAUCAC